AUGUGGAACCCGAGAGCUCCCUUCCUUAGUUCUGAUCACGAGUGUUUCGCUUCCCCCAAGUCUGACCCCGAGUCUGGCCCCGAGUCUAGCCCCGAGUCUAGCACCGAGUCUGACCCCGAGUCUGGCCCCGAGUCUAGCCCCGAGUCUAGCACCGAGUCUGGCCCCGAGUCUGGCCCGAGUCUGCCCCCGAGUCUAGCCCCGAGUCUGGCCCUGAGUCUGGCCCCGAGUCCUGCCACGAGUCUUGCCACGAGUCUAGCCCCGAGUCUUGCCCCGAGUCUGGCCCCGAGAUUCUGGCCCCCCGAGUCUAGCCCCGAGUCUAGCCCCGAGUCUUGCCACGAGUCUUGCCCCGAGUCUGGCCCCGAGUCUGGCCCCGAGUCCUGCCACGAGUCUUGCCACGAGUCUAGCCCCGAGUCUUGCCCCGAGUCUGGCCCCGAGUCUGGCCCCGAGUCUAGCCCCGAGUCUAGCCCCGAGUCUUGCCACGAGUCUUGCCCCGAGUCUGGCCCCGAGUCUUGCCCGAGUCUAGCACCGUUCUCCGGCUUCCUCUUCAACCUGCGGAGUAAGCAGACCUCCGCCUCUGUCACCAACGUCACACACACAAACGCUGAAUCACGGCCCAGCUCCAGCGGCGAGCGGCGAGUGGGAGGACGGACUCUAUAG